UCUAUGCAGCUGUAUAAAAGCUUCAGUGGCUUCGUUCUAAGCAUCAGUUACUGACUUGUGUUAAGUGCAUCAACUACCUACUUCAAAAGCUCACCAUGAAAGCCAUAACAGUCUGCGUAUUCGCCGUGCUGGCUCUGGCGGCCGCCGCCCCGGAGACCUACACCGACAAGUUCGACAACAUCAACCUGGAUGAGGUGAUGGGCAACGAUCGCCUUCUGCAGUCCUACUUCAAGUGUUUGAUCGACGAGGGACCCUGCACCGCUGAAGGCAAUGAGCUGAAGUCGCACAUGGGGGAGGCGGUAAAGAACGAAUGCGCGAAGUGCACCGACGCUCAGAAGAAUGGAACUCGCAAGAUGAUCAAGUUCUUGGUCAAGGAGAAGCCGGACAUGUGGAACGCCCUCCGCGCCAAGUACGACCCUGAGAACAUCUACUACAACAAACACAAGGCCGAACUAGAGAGCUUGUAAACUGAACAGUGAACCAUAUUAACCACAAUAUACUUACUCCCUAAUAU